CUGUCGGAGCGGCAGGCAGUUCUACAUGAAGUGUAGCACAUUCUUUCUCAGACAAUUUAAAUCGAAAAACUCUGACGACGUAUCCUGCAAAAUAUAGCAAUCUAUACAUAACUCGUACUUCUGCGGGAUUUUUCGCGAAGCCUUUUUGGUGAACGGUGGCAGAACAUAGGCUGUAGCCUACUUCUGUACUGUAGCAUAAUCUAAAGGGAACCGCGAAAAUCACUUGCCAGGACUCCCAUGCACCCGCUUGAGUUAUUAUUGGGCUAAGGUUCCUCAAGGCAAGUGUCCCAACCCUCUGCAGUCUGACUGCACAGUGAAGUUGAGGACAUCUCCCACAGAUGUGCCAACAGGAGUCCUCCAAUGGCUUUUGACUAACUUUGUGGCGAAUGCUGGACAAGAGGAGAAGGGUGGGGACCACCUUAGUCUCACGUGACUGGUUGCUGAAUGGAAUUGAGGUGAAUGGAACACGUGCCCAAAGAGCAGGACUCUAACCUAUCUGAGGGAGAUGAGAAAGGACGUUCUAAUGGUGUGAAGAGGAAAAGAAAGAACAGCCAAUGUUCUGUCAAGAGCAUGUCUGCGCUGAGCGUCUCAAUUCCAGGGUAUAUUCCCAGCUACCUGGAGAAGGAUGAGCCGUGCGUGGUGUGUGGGGAUAAAGCCACCGGCUACCAUUACCGCUGCAUCACCUGCGAGGGCUGCAAGGGUUUUUUCCGGCGCACCAUCCAGAAGAACCUGCACCCGGCAUACUCCUGCAAGUAUGACAGCUGCUGCAUCAUCGACAAGAUCACCCGCAACCAGUGCCAGCUGUGCCGCUUCAAGAAAUGCAUCUCGGAGGGCAUGGCUAUGGACUUGGUGCUGGACGACAGCAAGCGGGUGGCCAAGCGGAGGCUGAUCGAGGAGAACCGCGAGAAGCGCAAGAAGGAGGAGUUGGUGCGGACACUGCAGAACCGGCCAGAGCCCACGGACGCGGAGUGGGAGCUCAUCCGCCUGGUGACCGAGGCCCACCGGCACACCAACGCCCAGGGCUCCCACUGGAAGCAGAAGAGGAAAUUCCUGCCUGAUGACAUUGGGCAGUCUCCGAUGACCACCACAUCAGAAGGGGACAAAGUGGACCUGGAAGCCUUCAGCGAGUUUACCAAGAUCAUCACCCCCGCCAUCACUCGAGUUGUCGAUUUUGCCAAAAAGCUGCCCAUGUUCUCAGAGCUGUCAUGCGAGGACCAAAUCAUCCUUCUGAAAGGCUGCUGUAUGGAGAUCAUGUCGUUACGGGCGGCCGUUCGCUACGACCCCGAGAGCGAGACGCUGACACUGAGCGGCGAGAUGGCCGUCAAGCGCGAGCAGCUCAAGAACGGCGGCCUGGGCGUAGUGUCGGACGCCAUCUUCGACCUGGGCAAGAGCCUGGCGCAGUUCAACUUGGACGACUCGGAAGUGGCGCUACUGCAGGCUGUCCUGCUCAUGAGCUCAGACUUUUCUGGCGUUCAGUGUGUGAGAAAGAUCGAGUCGUGUCAAGAGAAGUACCUACUGGCGUUCGAGCACUACAUCAACCACCGCAAGCAUCACAUGGCCCACUUCUGGCCCAAGCUGCUGAUGAAGGUGACGGACCUGCGCAUGAUCGGGGCCUGCCACGCCAGCCGCUUCCUCCACAUGAAGGUGGAGUGCCCCAACGAACUCUUCCCCCCGCUCUUCCUCGAGGUCUUCGAGGACCAGGAGGUGUGACCCAGAGAGGAGGAGGGGGAAGAAGAAGAAAGAUGAAGAGGA